AUGCAUGAAUACCGAAUGAAAGAUGAUGAUUUAGCCAAUCAAGGAGUUGCUCAGGAGGCGUACGUAAUCUGUAAAGUUUUCGAGAAAAGAGGGGUGGUUACUCUGUUGGCGAAUCCUAAUAAUAUCACAUCUUUGGAAAAUGAAAGACUUACAAAUGUUCCUGUUAAUGAUGAUGUCAUGCUUACCCAGAGUGACCUUGCUCCAAUGCUUUGUAAUAAUGACACUCAGGAGGUAGAAGAUGGAAGUAAAGGGAAGUUAGCAGACAUGAGCAACUUAGAUGAUUUGGGACAAAAUGCAAUUAACAUGUUUUUCAUUGAUGGAUUUGCUGAUGAUGAUGAUGAUAGACUGAAGUUGGAUGCAUUUCUGCAAGAUGAUUUCUUAGACUGACAUUGAUUGAACGUGGC